CCCGCAAGUGUCAAUUGCGGUAGUGCCUUGGAGCUCCAGUACUGCACUUCUGAAGAGUUUGAGGAGUGGACCUGACCGAAUCAGAGCGCAACCAGCCGCAGUGAUGUGGAAGUCAGUGGUGGGUCACAAUGUAAACGUCAAGGUGGAGGCAGGAGGUGAUGACUGGGACACUGACCCUGACUUUGUAAAUGAUGUUUCUGAACAGGAGCAGCGCUGGGGAGCAAAGACCAUUGAUGGGUCUGGACGUGCUGAACACUUCAGUGUCCAUCAGUUACGGGAGAGUGUCUCCAAGGAGCACGAGUCUCUGAAGAAGAAGGAGCUGGACGAGGGGCCAAAAGCUUCUUAUGGUUAUGGGGGGAAGUUUGGAGUGGAGAAGGAUCGUGUGGACAAGGUCGCUGUAGACCACAGCUAUGUUGCAGAGGUUCAAAAACACUCCUCACAGACUGAUGCAGCCCAAGGCUUUGGGGGGAAAUUUGGUGUGCAGAAGGAUCGGCUAGACAAGUCGGCAGUUGGCUUUGAGUAUAAGGCUGAAACUGAGCAGCAUUCGUCUCAGAAAGAUUAUUCACGGGGCUUUGGAGGAAAGUUUGGGGUGGAACGGGAGAAAGUGGAUAAGUCUGCAGUGGGCUACGAGUACAAAGGAGAGACCCAGAAACAUGACUCCCAAAAAGAUUACUCAAAGGGUUUUGGUGGCAAGUUUGGAGUGGAAAGGGAGAAGGUGGACAAGUCGGCUGUGGGUUAUGAGUACAAGGCAGAGACAGAAAUGCAUGAAUCCCAGAAAGAUUACUCCAGAGGCUUUGGGGGUAAAUUUGGGGUGCAGAAGGAUCGUCAGGACAAGGCAGCACAUGGAUGGGACCACAAAGAGGAAGUAAAGCUGCAUGAGUCACAGACAGAUCAUGCCAAGGGUUUUGGGGGGCGCUAUGGUGUGCAGCAGGACAGAAUGGACAAAACUGCUGUUGGAUUCAAAGACAUAGAAAACCCUUCCUCAUCCUAUGAAAAAACAAAGCCUAUUGAGGCAUCAAGAAGUGGAGCUGGAAGCCUUAAGGCACAGUUUGAAAACAUGGCAAAGAAAUCUGCAGAAGAGGAUCACAAAAGAGCAGAGGAAGAGAGAGCAAGAAGAGAAGCAAGAGAGAAGAAGGAGAAAGAGGAAGCCAGUCGUUUCCAGCAGAAAGCUGAUGAAGAUAAUACUGAAAAGCAGCCUGCACCUCCUCCACGUACCACACCUCCUACUCCACAUGAGACAACUCCUCCUCCACGUACCACUCCUCCUCCUCGCACUACACCUCCCCCUGCUCGUGCUGCACCUCCUCCUGUGCCUCCUGCAAGAACACCACAGGUGGACCCAGAUAUGCCAAUCAGAGGUCGUCCUCUACCCCACCCUGAAGAGGAAUAUGAACUAGAACCUUCCUAUAUGGAUGCAGCACUGAAGGAGCCUGUGUAUGAAGAUGAUGAUGAUGAGCCUCCAGCUCUGCCACCACGCACAGACGUCCUACUAAAACCCAGCACUUCUGAGGAGAACCCUUAUGAAGACCUUGGGAGCAGUUCCAGGGUGAUUCCACAGGACACAGGAGACUAUGAGGAAUUUGGAGUGCCACCAGAGUUUGAUGGAGAAGGUGCUGAAAAUGACUAUGAGGAUGUGCAUGAAAGUUUAACUGCAGUUGCACUGUAUGACUACCAGGGAGAGGGUAAUGAUGAGAUCUCCUUCAAUCCAGGUGAUAUUAUAUAUGAAAUAGAGAUGGUCGAUGAGUCCUGGUGGAAAGGGAAGUGCCAUGGUCUAGUGGGGCUUUUUCCUGCCUCAUAUGUGGAAUUAAAAUGAAGAUGCUACAUGCAACUGUUGUUCUUUGUUUCUGUUGGCCUUUUCUACCCAGGCCAUCUCAUGUCUAUUGCCGCAGAUUUAAGGUUGCUAGCUGAAAACCUCGUGCCUCACUGGAUUUAAUCCCUGAGCUGCUUCAUCUGGUGCCAAUGUAAUGAAAUCAUGGUAAUAGUGAGAUGUACAUCUAAAAAUUCUGAGACUGAAAUAUAAAUUGCAAAUACGCUGAAAAAUAUAUGGUAAUCAACACUUUAGUGCACUGCCAGAAUCAAUUAACUUUUUCACAAGGCUAUGCCUCUCAAUUGUUUGAAUAAAAAGUCUAGCUUAAUCCUU